AAAGAUGUUUGAGUGUUGUGUUUCGAAUUUAAAAAAAUGAUUCAGUUUCAUUUUGGCUCUUUACUUUGCCAGACGACUGAAUAAAUUCGCGAAGAGAUUUCCGCAAGAAAGUGAGAUUAAAAGUGAUUUAGAAUUAAUUAUUUUUCGUUGAGUAAAAAUGCCCUUUACGUGCGAAAUUGUUCCUUUUAACGAUGUUACGAAGAAGUACACGAUAAGUCGACCAAUGAAGAUUGCAAAGUUCAAUGACUCUGAUGUUCCGGAUGAUCUUGAAGUAGCCCGAAAAUGGGCUGUAAAGCCAACAACCCUGUCGCCCAGCUUUGGAGACAGAUAUCCUGGAAUAAAGGAUCUAGAUGCAAGACCAGGAGACACCUGGGUUGUGAGCUUCGCUAAAUGUGGCACCACGUGGACACAGGAAAUGGUCUGGUUACUUGACAACAAUUUGGACUUUGAAGCUGCAAAGACGACUCCUCUUACAAAUCGUUUUCACUACUUGGAACUAAAUAAAUUGCCAAAUGGUGAACCAGGAGAACCAAUUAAGAAACUAAGGGAUAUGACAACCAAGAGGUACAUCAAGAGUCACCUUCCGGCUCAUCUCCUCUCAAGAUCAUUGUGGUAUGCAAAGAGUAAAGUCAUCUAUGUUGCAAGAAAUCCCAAAGAUGCAGCUGUUUCAUUUUUUCAUCAUCAAAAGAAUUUGGAUGGGUUUACAGGAAGCUUAGAUGACUAUCUGGAUAUCUUUAUAAAUGAUUAUGUUAUGUUUGGCCCCUUCCAUGAUCAUGUUCUUGAUUUCUGGCGCAUGAGGGACGAGGAGAAUGUCCUUUUUAUCACCUACGAAGAAAUGAAGCGCGAUCUUGAGGGUGUUAUAAGGAAGACCUGCGCCUUCUUGGGCAAAGACUAUCCUGCUGAACGUAUUGAAGAGCUUAAGGAGCAUCUCUCCUUCAAAUCCAUGCGCGAAAAUGAUAAAAUUAAAAUUGAGCAUUUUACGGGAAUUUAUCAAGACUGGCAGGAUAAGAGCUACAGAUUCGUACGCAAGGGCCAAGUGGGUGGUUAUAAAUCAGAAAUGUCUACCGAAUGGAUUGAGAAGUUCAACAAGUGGUCUGAAAAGGAACUCCAAGGAAGUGGCUUUAAAUUCGAAGAGUAGCAGCUCUUCUGGUGGUUUGUUCUUGAGAGAAGGAGGAAUAAAGGAUGCGGGAAUUGAGAAGAGAAAUAGAAUAAAAAGAAAGAUAAUCUCUUUGAUUAA